GUGAAUUGUUGCAUUGAAGCUGGGGCUUACUAUAGCCUCAAAUGCUCACCAGAGAGUGAAACAAUUCUGUAUCAAGAGUGUACUUCGCCUUCUAGGCUCUACAAUUCUGGCACAGAGAGUAAUUGCCUUGACGAGUCCUCAUUCAAUCCCCUCUUGCUCUCUAUUCCUCAUGUCCAGCACCAAGCAAGUUCCGCUUGUGGGCUGAUAAUUGCAAGCUAUGUAGCUCUCCUAUUGACAUGGUUCGAGCCUGGUGCGUCGGCUUUUUUUCCCACACGAUCCCCGGCCCAGGUACCUGCUUUUACCCCUGACCAGAUUGCCAUCCCAUCUGUUCGUUAUGUGCAUCCGUACUCUUUGAUGACUUCCGAGAUGUCAGAACUCGUGAAACGAAUGAUCAACGCCAUCCAGCUGGGACCAACUGACGCCAUUCGCAAGGAUAAACACGGAUCGGGGUAUUGUAAUUUGUGACCGAAACACGAGAAUCUCAGCUUUGUGUAGGAACAAUGUUCAUACAUACCGGCCCUGCAAGUCGUUGGAGGGCUUAGGAUGUUUUGCUAUUUUGCACAUAGUCUCAAUCGGAGUAACUGUUCUCUUUUGAUUUGCUCAUGAAAUGAAAACACGAACCGAACCUUUUUUAUCAAGAAGAAGAAGCUUGAGCACAAUUUAUCACUUUAACUACUAUGUUUGGAUGUUUGGAUGUCCGGUGUCAAAUGCAUUCAAGAGCCAAUGGAUCUUAAGUUUACAAACGACACAAGACAUUAACUUCUCGUUAUCCUCUUGAUGACUGGCCGCCUGACUGCCGCUAUCAAUCAAGUUGGACAGGAACAUGGGUCUCUGAAGAUCUCUCACGUAUAUCUCGAUCAUGCUCCGAAGUUCAUCACUUUGAGGUAAGGGUCUUCAUAUAACUUGAUAACUCGUAAUGGACAGGCUAUCAGCCAGUACACCUAUUUAUGGAUAAGAUUCAGCCAAUCUGUCAUCACUGUUCAUGUUACCGGGCUGCGAAUAAACCUUUGAUCGAGUCGAGUUUGCUAACUGUAUAAGCAGGUCAGCCCUCUAACUACUUGUCCUCAGAGUUCAGCAGAUCUCCAAGAAGUGAUGUCUUUAUCAUGCCUUGUUCAAAGAAGGCAACCAAAAAUAACACCGCACGCUCUUGUUUGACUCCAGCGAUGAGCGAUGUUUAUAUAACCUACCUCGACCAGUUCAAUCAAUUUCUGGCUUGAAAUCACCCAACCAACGAAAGUAUGUGGCUGACAUUGUGCACGGCCACCGAACUUACCGCCACACCACAAUUAUAACAGCUGAUGUAAGCGUGGCAGUAGCCCCUCCUAACCGUAGCGGCCACACACGAAAAUCGAAAAAUUCAACCUACGUCGUCGCAACACCAUCACGAGUGCCGGUCGAAUACCUCAGCGCACCUCCCCACCGGCUGAUCGAUCUCGGAUCAUCAUCAAUAAAUCUCCUCUCUUAGUCAAGUCAUAUACAGAGGAGGUUGCCCAGCAUGCCUCCUCCGCCGCACCAAAAGCCUGAGAAUGUUCUCAAGAGGGCUCACGAACUCAUCGGAGUCGGCCAGGCUCCCGCCGCCUUGACUCUGCUCCAUGAGCACAUCACCAACAAGCGCUCCCGAAAUGUCCCAAUUAUGUCGCUGGAGCCUGUGAUGCUCCUCCUCGUCGAGCUUUCCGUCGAACAGAAGAAGGGCAAGCUUGCCAAGGACGCCCUUUACCAAUACAAGAAUAUUUCCCAGAACACAAAUAUUGCUACCAUCGAGCUGGUCCUUAAGAAGUUCAUCGAGCUCGCGGUUGAGAAGGUCACUGCCGCCCAGCAAAAGGCCGACGAAGUUCAGGAGAGCAUUGACGCUACUGCCGGCACCUCCAACAUCGACGAUCUCGAGGCCACCGAGACCCCGGAGUCCAUCCUCCUUGCUACCGUCUCCGGUGAGCAGUCCCGAGACCGUACCGACCGGGCUAUCGUCACUCCUUGGCUCAAGUUCCUCUGGGAGGCUUACCGAACUGUUCUCGACAUUCUCCGAAACAAUGCUCGUCUGGAGAUCCUCUACCAGAGCACCGCUACCCAGGCUUUUGACUUUUGUCUCAAGUACACUCGCAAGACCGAGUUCCGCCGCCUCUGCGAGCUCCUCCGAAACCAUGUGCAGACCGCUGCCAAGUACUCCUCUCAGAUGCACGCCAUCAACCUGAGCGACCCCGACACUCUCCAGCGACACCUUGAGACACGUUUCCAACAGCUCAAUGUCGCUGUAGAGCUCGAGCUCUGGCAGGAGGCUUUCCGAAGUGUCGAGGAUGUUCAUACUCUUCUUAGCCUCAGCAAGCGACCCCCCAAGAAUGUCAUGAUGGCCAACUACUACGAGAAGCUUACCAGAAUUUUCCUUGUCGGCGAGAACUACCUCUUUCACGCUGCUGCUUGGUCGCGAUACUACACUCUUCUUCGCCAGUCCUCUGUCCUGGUUGCCACUGGCCAGGGCAAGAAGGCUGACAACCCCCCUGCCUCCGACGCUGAGCUUCAGAAGGCCGCCUCUUUCGUUGUACUCUCCGCCCUUGCCAUCCCUGUCAUCAGCACAUCCCGAUCUCGAGGUGCCAUGGUUGACUUCGACGAGGCCAGAAAGAACAAGAACUCUCGCUUGACUCACCUCCUUGGAAUGUCUCAAGCCCCUACUCGUGCCAGACUAUUCCGGGAUGCCCUCUCAAAGUCCCUUCUUCAGCGCGCUCGCCCUGAGAUUCGGGAGCUUUACGAGAUCCUUGAGGUCGACUUCCAUCCUCUGUCAAUUUGCCAAAAGAUCUCUCCUAUCCUGACCAAGAUUGGCGCCGAUUCUGAGAUGGAGAAAUACAUUCUCCCUCUGCAGCAGGUCAUCCUUACCCGUCUGUUCCAGCAGCUUUCCCAGGUCUACGAAACCGUCGACCUGUCUUUCGUUGAGAGCCUGGCUCAAUUCCCUGAGCCCUACCAGGUCACUCGUGGAACUAUCGAGAAAUUCAUCAUGAAUGGUAACAAGAAGGGCGAUCUUUCUGUCCGCAUGGCCCAUGCCACAGGUGUUCUGAGCUUCGAUAACGAUGUCUUCUCAUCAUCCAAGGCUAGCCACGGCGGGUCUUCUGCCGGUUCUGCAGAGUCUGAGACCGGUACCGUCCAGCGUCUUCAGAGCACUCCCUCUGAGAUUGUCCGCUCCCAGCUUACCCGCCUCGCCAAGUCUCUCUUCACCACCUGCCAUUAUGUUGACCCUGGCUUUAACAAGGGACGCCUCGAGGCUCGUGAAGCUGCUCUCGCUCGCGCCAAGGCUGGUGCUGAGGAGGAGCAUCUGGCCAUUCUUUCACGAAAGGACCUUAUCCAGAAGCGCAAGGAGGUUGCUUCUGAGAUCCAAGCCAAGAAGGAGAAGGAGAAUGCCCGCCAGAAGAGACUUCGUGAGCAAGCCCUCCAAGAAGCCGAGGAUCUGCGUCUCGCCAAUGAGCAAAAGGAGCGCGAGGCCAAGCGCCUCAAGGCUGAGCGUGACCGAGUUCGCAAGGAGGAACUCAAGAAGCAGAUCGCCGAUCUUAAGAUUGGCGACAAGGCUAUCGAUAUUGAUCUGGAGGACCUUGACAACCUUGACAGCAACCGCCUACGCGCAAUGAAGCUGGCUCAGCUCGAGCGUGAGAAGAAUGAUGUUAACGAGCGUCUCCGCAUCACUGGCAAGCGUCUCGAUCAUCUUGAACGUGCUUUCCGUAAGGAGGAAGCCAAGAAGCUACACGAGGACUAUGCCAAGCAAAUUGAGCAGGACCGCAAGAUCUAUGAGACUGUCAAGGCCCAAACCCUCAAGGAUGCUGAGCAGAAACACAAGGAGAGUGUUGAACUCAAGCACCGACUUAGUCGACUGGUGCCUCAGUACGAGGAGUUCCGUGAUUCCCUGCAUGAUCGCCGUCGUGAUGAGUUCGAGAAGCGCCGUCGUGACGCUGAGCGUGAGCUUGAGAAGCAGAUCGCGCAGCGCAAGAAGGAGGUCCGUGACCGACGUCUUCGUGAGAAGCGUGAGCGCGAGGAGAAAGAGCGUGAGCUACGUGAGGCCGAAGAGCGCGCUGCUCGCGAGAAGGAGGAGCAGCGCAUUCGGGAUGAAGCUCGUAAGGAAGAGCUUGCCAAGCUCAAAGAGCAGCGGGAGAAGGAACGUCAAGAGAUGCUGGAGAAGGCUGCCCUUCAACAGCGACGCGAAGAAGAAGCACUGGCUCGUCGCAAGGCGGAGAAAGCUCAAGGGGCUGGUGGCUUCUCUCGUGGACCAGAGCGCACAGAUUCGUCCGAGGGCCGAAGACCACCUGUCUUUGGUGCCGGCAAAUGGCGAGAACGUGAGGCGGCCAACCGUGACGCUGGAGAUGCUCCUCCUUCUCGAGCACCUCCUGCCGAGAGGUCUGGUUCCAACGACCGACCUUCUGCUGGUGGUCCUCCCAAACUCAACCUCUCUGGUGGCAAGCCCAGCUGGCGAGAGCGUGAGGCUGCAAAGCAAGCCGCUGGUGGCGGAGCUGAUGCUGGAUCUUCCGCCCCUCCCCCUCGCUUCGCGCCUCGGGGUGGUGCGCCACCUAUGGACCGAAGCGGCUCUGGCCGUGCUGAGGAGGAUCGAAAGCAGUCUCCCGCUCCUCCUGCGGAAUCCCAGCCUGCUUCACGAACAGCUGGCAAGUGGGUUCCUCCUCACAUGAGGAACAAAUAAGCGAUGCAGACAGGGGAGAGAGAUCGCAGUUGGGCAUGCAUAGUUUGCGAUUCAGGCGUUCAGGAUUUGGUUUCUUGUUCUCCGUAGCAUGGAAGGAAAAGUAGUAGUAGUAUGAAUCAAUUCAAGACUAAGCGCAUACGAGCACCAUGUUACAACCGUUUUCUCAGCAGUCAAGCUCAUUGGUUAUCUAAGGGACAGGAUAGAUCAUGAGGUAGACGAAUGAUGACUUCUUACAACUUUAACAAGCAAUCUAGUGCCACAGCCUUUCUAGACCUGUUGUUUAUUAGUCUGCAUUCCUCG